CGAGUGCAUUGAUGACAAAACUACACUUCAGAUGCCGAUGCAUAAGUGGAUUACUAUGGAGAGUUGGUGCGCUGCACGUUACUUGGAGGAUGGGUCCCCCAAAGGCCUAUAUACAAGCACGACCUCACAUAUCCUGACUCAGAUGCACAAGAGACGGACGGAAGAGAGUGAAGUCGCACCUGGGUCUGGGACGCGAGAAUGAGGGGAAUGGUUGGAAGACUGAGAAGACAUUGUCGCUGGCGGUUUGUGACACUUUUUGCACUUAUGUUCUGCCUCACCACUUUGAAUAUCUUUUGGGGUGUUGAUGUCCUAUUUGGAAGGCCUUUUUGGAAACUUGCAUUGCAUGCGAAUUUGAGAGAAGUAGAACGAUCAGAAAAAUCCAACCACCAAGCGGUUGUGGCGUGGAAGAAAAAUGCAGACAGCGAUUCGAUCAAAAUUAGAAAAAGCGUUCAAGAGCUUCUUAUCAAAACUCAAGUUUCACGCCGCGAUGUUGAUCAAACUUCAAAUGACCUUAAAGUGGACCACGAAGCAAAGUUUUCCCAAACAACUUUCGAGCUUGAAGAUAAGAACUCAAGAACACAUUUCGACAAGCGUGUCGCAAAGCGUAGUGCCAAGUUUACUCCAAACUACUAUCGACAAGAUAACGAAGAGGGGAAACUAAGAAUGAUAAGCUCAAACACGCACGCUACCAAAAUGGGAAAAGAAAUACCUCGCGAAUUUGCCAAUUUUGAUAAGAUGUCUGUAAACAAAUCAAAAUCUUCCAUUAAUCAGGCCGUAGACACCCAAGGGUGUGUAAUUACUGAGCUAGAUCCUUUCGAUCCAUCUAUUUUGAAAUAUUUGAGAAGACUUAAUCCCAUAACAUGCAAAUGGAACGCUUCUUUGACUUAUAUUGACCGGCAAAGAUGGCUGUGGAUUAACCAAACUGUUAAUCAAACGAUACAUUCCGGCAAAGUGAAGGACUGUGGGUACAAAACAUUCGAUAAGUGGCCAGAUUACGACGACUUUGUGCUCUAUCAAAAAGAUAUUACGUAUUUUCAAACGAGGGUCAAAGUUGUUAUGUCAGAUUUUAUUCAAGUUUAUUGUCGAGAUUCUGAUAACCGAACUAUCUACGAAAAUAUCCACGCUCACAUCAAAGUCCCGGAUCAAAGGAUACGUGACAAAAUUAAUCGCCUGCUUGCAGAUUCGGAUAACUUCAGAAAUGGAAGGUUUCCUUUGAGCAUUGCAAUUCUCGGUAUCGAUUCCAUGUCCCGCUCAAAUUUUGUUCGACACCUUCCUAAAACUCUGAAGUAUUUGCAAAAGAAAAUGGGGGCCUUUGUAUUUAAAGGCAUGAACAAAAUUGGGGACAACACAUUUCCAAAUAUGGUCGCCAUGUUGACCGGUAAAAGAGUAGACGGAAGUGCAAAAUUUCCCCAAGAAAUAACCCGUAGGCCCUGGAGCAGGGAACGGAUACGUUUUUACGACGAUUAUCCUCUUUUAUUCCGAAACUUUUCUCACAAAAAUUUUGUUACAAUGCUCUCAGAGGACAGACCAGAAAUGGCGUUAUUUAAUUAUUUAUCUCGAGGUUUUAAAGGGAAGCCGACAGAUCACUACUUGAGACCAUUUUAUUUGGCAAUGAAGGACUUUUGGAUAUUGGGAAAUAGCACAGAACAUUGUUUUGGCGACACUCCGCAACAUAUGAUCCUGUUAGAGUAUUUUUCCAGAUUUAUACAAACUUUCCACAAAGUUCGUUUUUUCACCUUUUCUUUUUAUUCGGAUCUCUGUCACGAGUUUGUCAACGAUGUCCAGCUUAUAGAUGAUGAUCUAGAAAAAACUCUUCGCCUUUUGCACCAAGCUGGAUAUUUUGAAAACACGUUAUUGAUAGUGCUCGGAGACCACGGACAGCGGUUUGAUUAUAUACGAGAAUCUUUCGUCGGUCGCAUGGAGGAUUUGCUCCCAUUUUUCUCAAUGUCGUUUCCAAAAUGGUUUUUAAAGAAAUUUCCAAAAAUACACCGUGCACUUCGCAUCAACACGGAGCGACUAGUGACGUUUUUUGAUGUGUAUAAAACUUUGACGCAUUUCCUAGAUUUCAAGGAAAAUAUUCCUGUAAAUGACGUGCGGAGGAGAGGGUUAAGUCUCUUUAAAGUCAUUCCGACCGACAGGACGUGUUUCAACGCUGGAAUUGACGAGCAUUUUUGUGCUUGUAAGCAACAGGUUGCCAUAGCAACGGACUCUUUCCCUGUCAUUGGCGUUGCACACGUAUUAGUGGGACACUUGAAUGCGUUACUAGAAAACCACACUGCCAUAUGUGAGAGGCUUUCGUUAUCUCGAAUUCUCGACGCACACCAAACUGUUUUCCACAAGGACAAUGACACAGUCGAGGAUGUGCAUGAAUACACUGUUGUAAUAGAGACAAUGCCAUCAAAAGCACUUUUCGAGGCAACUCUGAAAUGGUCAUCUUCCACAAAAAAUAUUGAAGUUGCUGGAGACAUUAGCAGAGUAAACAAAUACGGAGACCAGUCGAUAUGUGUAAAGGAUGCCAAACUCAGACGUGUUUGUUAUUGUAAAAAUCAAUAUAAAAACGCAACGGAUUCGAAUGCGAACUCAAAUAUUUUCAAAACGCAGAUGAUUAAGCUUAAAUAA